UGUUAUAUAAAUCUUGCUUCUCGUCAUUAUCUUUCAACUUUCCUUCCUCCCUACCCCUACUCCGGUAUAUAAGACCGUUGACAUUCUUUUCUGAACGGGCAUUCUUUCAUUUCGUCCAUUUCCAUAAUAUAUCCAAUCAUUCAUCAUCCAUUUCAAUUCUUUUAGUGUACAUUUUCCAACAGCCUAUUUUAUAAUCUAAUAACGACCAAGAUGAAAUCUUUCUUCUUAACUCUGGCCACGAGCUUUAUGCUCAGCGGUAUGAGUCUUGCGUUUCCAGUGGAGGGAACUGAUUCCCAAGAUCCUGGCUUUCUUGCCUUCCUUUCCAAGCGGGCCACAAUAAGUACAGACAACACUUGCGGAAAUUCGUUCGCAGGAGCAAACAAUAGCUAUUCGUGUGAUGCCACUGUAAACACAGGAGGAUGCUGUUCGGCCUAUGGAUAUUGUGGAAACACAACUGACUACUGCGGAACGGGUUGCCAAAAUGCCUUUGGAACUUGUACCGGAACAACAGUCCAACCAUCAGAGAACACUUUCACAUGUGGAGCGAGCAAUGGAGGGCUUUCUUGUACUGGAGGACUUUGCUGUUCUACGUCGGGAUAUUGUGGAAACACAACAGAUUAUUGCGACUCAGGGUGUCAGUCUACAUUUGGAACUUGCACCACUGCUGCUGCCGAGCCAGCAACAGGAGGAACUUGUGGUCCAAACUUUGGUGGUGCGACUUGUGGAGGAAACCAAUGCUGUAGUGUUUCUGGAUACUGCGGAACUACCCAAGACUAUUGUUCUGACCCAGGGAGUUGCUCACUUGGAUAUGGAAGAUGCGACUCAGAUGCAACGCCUGCCGGAGCAUCAACUCUUAAUGUUGCAAGACCAUUGAUAGGGCCUAUCACCUAUACAGAUGACAUCUAUGACUGCGUGCAAAAUAAUGUCGUAGCUCUUACCUACGAUGAUGGUCCAUACAAUUAUACAUCCGACCUCCUCGAUAUCUUAAAGUCGUAUGGUUACCAAGCGACGUUUUUCAUCACCGGCAACAACAAUGGAAAAGGAGAAAUUGAUACCACCGCUCCAUAUCCAUCUUUGAUUCAACGUAUGAUUGCAGAAGGACAUCAAGUUGCAUCUCAUACCUGGAGUCAUUACUCUCUUUCAAAUAUUUCACACGACCUUCGAAUGCAGCAGAUGGUGAAAAAUGAGAUGGCCUUCAAUAACAUCAUCGGAAAAUGGCCAACUUACAUGAGACCCCCUUAUUCUGAUUGUAAUGAGGCAUCAGGAUGCUGGGCAGAUAUGCAAACUCUUGGAUACCACAGAGUCUAUUUCGAUUUGGACACUCAGGAUUAUCUAAACCCCUUGCCAUCGCAAAUUCAGAACUCCAAGAACAUUGUGCAGAGAGCACUUGCUGCAACAGGCGUUCAAGACUACCUGUCUAUUCAGCACGAUAUUGUACAACAAUCCGUUGGCAACCUUUCCACCUACUAUUUCGAUCAAAUCAAGGCUAGAGGAUGGAAGGGCGUUACGGUUGGUGAUUGUUUGGGUGACACCGAUAGAACCAAUUGGUAUCGCUCUCUCACCUCCGGUUCCACAACGUCAUCUUCUGUCGCAGUCUCAUCUCAAAGCGCUUCUGCAAGCGCAAAGACCAGUGGUACAUCAGCAAGUGGCGCCACAACUGCCAAAACUUCUGCUGUGUCCGGGACCGCAACAACUUUGAAAUCCACAAGCACUGCGCUUAGUUCCGCAAAGUCAUCCACAAGCUCUGUAAAGACUUCAACAACGGUCAAGCAAUCAACUUCGACGGCUAUACCGACGCCAACCGUAGUCCCAACCCCAGCGGCAACAUGUGCUGUGACAGUUGGAAAAUGGUGUGGUAAGAUUACUCCUUUCAACACCAUGUUGACAUGCCAAAAAUCAGCCGCUGCUUGUUAUGCAGACACCUUGAACUGUGCUACGACUGCUGGCUGGAAGGAUCUUUCAAAAUGCGCAGCUUUCACCAAGAUUUGCGAGAAGCUGCCACUUUAUUGUCUAAAGUGUGUCAAAUCUGGUUGUUCGAAUACGGCUUUUGGUUAUUAAUAGAGCGCAAGUUGUGAGACUCUAAUGGGAUGAUGGGCGUAAUAAAACAGUGGGGGUAGGUUAGUGUUCGCGAAUUUGGACAUAUAUGUCAUGGUUCAUUGAGGCGUUGGAGUAUCAGACUGUCGUAGCGUUGGGAUGGCAGUCAAGAAAUUGUUUCUGAUAUACUCUUAAAUCAUGCAAUCGGUUUUGAACACGAUUGUUACAAGAGAUUCGGCCUUCCACAUACGUAUGCUCUACAGAGGUGUAAAAAGCGACACAUUCAUUCAAAUAAAUAGAUAAAUCAAACCAGACAAUGAAAACAUUGAAAGU